AUAAACAAUAGCAGCCAACGGCAGCAGAAGCAACAGCACCACCACCACCGGUAGGAUAAACACACGGCAAAAAGGCACAAAAUUGUCUGUGUUGUGCGUACACCAACGGGGUUCUCGAAAGCACCCUCAUACCCUAGUGUCAUUUGUCAAUCAAUAAGCAAACGCAACGGUAGUCAGAGUCGCAGUCGUCGCCGUCGUUGUUCUGCGAGUGUUAGUGGCAUAGAAUAGAACUAAGAAGACAUGUUAGAUUAACGAAAAUUAAAAUUUGCAAAAAAAUAAAAAUUGAAAUUUUAUCAAAAGAAAUAGUGCGAUUAAAUGAAAAAAUACAUGAAAUGUAUGGCCAUUGAAAAAUUGGAAAAUAAAUAAUGGAUUUGAAAGUUAAUUAAAUUUAUAAUCGAUAAGAAAAAAAUCCAUUACAAAAACCCGAUUGUGAAAAGUGAGUGAUUUUGUCAAAAAAAUAUUUAAAAAAAUUAAAACAAAAAUAUCCUCAAAAAUGGAAUUUGAACAGCGUGUACCCUGCAUUGAAGGUACCACCGACAUGUCCUGUGAUAAAUGUCACAUUUGUGCCAAUAACAACAAGAAAUACCACCUGUCCUCGUGUGCAACGCCCAGUUACACCUCAAGCCAGACCAGCCAUAGCGAGAGCAUCAGCAUGAGCGAUAUGGAAUUUAAUAAAACCUUUCAUUGGUUGCCAAACGUUAAUUGUGGAUUAAGUUCAGCAUCUUCAACGCCAGCAUCCUCAUCAUCGUAUUUUACCUUGCGUCGCAUUUGCAUGCUAUUGCUUGUGGCCAGCCUCUUCUCGUGUGCCGCCGGUUGUGGUCCCGGUCGGGGUAUUGGUGGUCCACGUCGUCGAAGAAAAUUAACACCUUUGGUGUUCAAACAGCAUGUGCCAAACAUGUCGGAACAGACCCUGGGAGCAUCGGGCGUCAGCGAGGGUGCCAUACGCCGAGACUCGCCAAAAUUCAAGAAAUUGGAAUUUAAUAAUAAUCGUGAUAUCAUCUUUAAGGAUGAAGAGGGAACCGGUGUCGAUCAUGUUAUGACAAGGCGCUGCAAAGAAAAGCUGAACACCCUGGCCAUCUCGGUAAUGAAUCAAUGGCCUGGAGUACGUCUACGUGUCACCGAGAGUUGGGAAGAGGAGAAAUAUUUACCUGAUGUCAAUUCGCUGCACUAUGAAGGAAGGGCCGUGGAUAUAACAACCUCAGAUCGUGAUCGCAGUAAAUACGGCAUGUUGGCCCGUUUGGCUGUGGAGGCCGGUUUCGAUUGGGUCUACUAUGAGACAAGGGCCCAUAUACAUUGCUCCGUUAAAUCUGAUUCCUCUCACACCCCGCAUGACAGUGGUUGCUUCACCAAAGACAGUACCGCCCUGACAGCUUCGGGAGAACGCAAAACCAUGACCGAUUUACGCAUUGGAGAUCGUGUUUUGAGCAUCAACGAACAAGGCGAACCAAUAUAUAGUGAAAUUAUACUCUUUAUGGAUCGCAGUCUGGAAGAAUCCCAAGAAUUUGUGCAAAUGACCACAGAGGGAGGCGCUGUGCUCACAGUGACCCCAGCCCAUUUGAUAAUGAUAUGGAAUCGUGAAAAGUCCUUAACGGAAUAUGUUUUUGCCGAUCGUGUCGAGGAGGGCGAUCAAGUGUUUGUACACGAUGAGUCGGGUGUUCUGAGGCCACAGCGAGUUGUUGAUUUGCGUGCGGUAUUGAAAACAGGCUUUGUGGCUCCUCUCACAAAAGAGGGAACAAUUGUGGUCAACUCUGUGGCUGCCUCCUGUUAUGCUGUGGUAAAUAGCCAAUCAUUGGCCCAUUGGACUUAUGCUCCCAUGCGUUUGUGGGCAAUGCUAAAAUCUUAUAUACCCUCAACGAGUACUGCUCAAAUGCAAAAUGGCGUCCAUUGGUAUGGCAGGACCUUGUAUGGCAUUAAAAAUUAUUUGGUACCCAAGUCAUGGAGGCAUUGAUAGGAGCCAAAUGAAUUUUUUUCAACGAAAAAAAAAACGCCUUUCUAGUUAGCUGUCCAAUUUUUGGUGGUUGCCUAUUAUUAAAAAAAAUUAAAAAACGAAAAACAAAAAACCUAGGCUAUAAGUAGGAAAAACAAUUAAAUGGAAUUUUUACUACCUGAUUACUACAGAAACAAAUCAAAAUGCGCAUGCGCUUAGUAUUCUUUUGAAAAAAAAAAAUAAAUAAUACAAAAAACCAUAAAACAGGAUUUGAGUUGACUUCAUGUCCUUGAUGAAAACAGAAACCCUUCAAAAUCCCACAACAAAAAAUUGUAAAUUAUUUAAAAAAUCAUUGAAAAUAAAACACUAUUUUAUUUAAAACUCACAGAACAUUAAGCAAAUAUUUGAGUGAUAAUAACCAAUCAAAAAAUGAACGAAAACAAACAAAAAUAAUGUGUAAAUAUGUAUGUACAAUAGCCAGCAAAUAUUAGUGUAUCUAAAUUAAAAUAUUGAGAUAAAAUGAAAAAAAAUAUUUAAGUCAAAGAAAUAAAAACAUUUUAGGUGUGUAUAAAGUAAUAACAAUAAUUUAAAACAAUAAACGCUUGCGUGUAUAAUUAUUAAUGUGUAUGUUCGAAAAACAAAUUGUAUAUAAUUAUCGUUUCUACUUCUUUUUUGUAACGAAUUCUCUAUUCUACUUAAUCUAUUUUCUCCCUAAAAAAAUAUUAUUUAUAUAAUUUAUUAUUUUGCAAAUGUUUAAUCAAUUGUAUCGAUUUUGUUUUUUAUUGAAUCAGUUAAUUAAAACAAUAAUAACAAUAUUUUAUACAUAAAACAC